UUAUUUCUCGAGCAAAAUUUUAAAAACAACUCUAAUUUAUGUUUGUGACCAAACACAACAUCAAUUCUAACUUUAAUUCCAACUCCAACUUCAACUCUAAAAAUGAUUAUUUUCAUGGUCAAACGGGCAUUAAUCUUUUAAAAGUCUUCACAAAUAUAACAAGUUACUUUUUUAAUAAAAAUGACGCAACAAAAAUAAAUAACACAAAUGUUGAAUAAAAGUUUUAAAAUAAAGAACAAAUUAAAUUUUAAACGUAGAUUUGGGCCCGGGGUAAAUAGCACCCAUAGAUAGGUAAUAAAAGGAAGGGAUAUAUACCAAAACAGCUAACUUUAGACGCCAAAAAACAAAUUCUUCGUGGAAUCUCUUGUUUCAGCCCCUCCACAGUAAAAAAAACCUUUCUCCAGAAACCCAAAUUUCUUUGAAACCCUAGAAGCAACAGCUGCCCCCCCCCCCCCCCUGCACACACACCACCCACCCACGCACACACCAACAAUCAUGGCGCCUAAAUCUCCGAAUCUUGAAUGCCGAAUAUACGAAUCGAAGUACCAAUAAGUAGACCAAGCAGUAAUGAUACAGGUGAAAAGCAUGGCUGAUACUGGGGCCUACAUUUCCCUUCUGGAGUACAAUAACAUUGAAGGAAUGAUUCUUUUCUCUGAGCUCUCUCGUCGUCGUAUUCGGAGUAUUAGUAGUCUUAUCAAAGUUGGACGCGUCGAACCUGUUAUGGUUCUUAGGGUUUACAAGGAGAAAGGAUAUAUCGAUCUCAGUAAACGUAGGGCUUCUGAAGAAGAUAUUUCGGCUUGUGAGGAGAGGUAUAAUAAGAGUAUGCUUGUUCAUUCUAUCAUGCGUCGUGUUGCUGAAACCAUGGGAAUUGAUCUGGAGUCAGGUGCAGGACUUACCAGAAGGGAUAGAGUCAGGAAUGAGACCGUCCGGGAGAAGGUGGGAGUGGCUUCGUUGGAGGAUAAGAUGCGCGAAGAAAGGUUGAGAUAGUUUGGGCAUGUGAUGAGGAGGGGCACAGAUGCCCCAGUUCGGAGGUGCGAGAGAUUAGCGUUAGAUAGCUUUAAGAGAAGGAGAGGUAGGCCGAAGAAGUACUGAAGGGAAGUGAUCAGACAUGAUAUGGAGCAGCUUCUGCUUACUGAGGACAUGACCCUAGAUAGGAAGGUGUGGAGAUCGCGGAUAAAGGUAGAAGGCUAGGUUGUGUGCGUGGAUUUAGUAAGUAGUUAGAAGAGCUCAAGUUGAGUCGGGCUGGUAACCCUAGGAUUAGGUCCAGAGAUAGGAGCCCGAUCAGGCGGGCUUGGGUUUCUUUUUCCUGUUGCACUUAUUUAUUUUAUUGUUUAUUGCUUUGAGUAAUAUUUUUAUUGUGUCUUAU